GCAGCAAGAUGCGGCUAAUUAGUGAGUGUUGCGGCUAAUUAACGAGACAAGGAGCUAGUGAUGAAGAGAAAAUCUUGUCUCAUGAGUAGUUCUAUCUCAGACUCUCUGAGCCCCUCUGUCAGCAAGAGAGCCAAGGAAGGCAAGGCCAACAUCAGCUCUGGUUUGGAGCACCUUUGGUCUCUCUUCCCUACACAAGUGUUCCUCCUUCCUCCCAUCGCACUCCGCCAUCAGCUCUACUCUCUACACACUGACAGAACUGCAGUCGAUAGACAAGUGGAGGCUCUGAGAGAGUCUGGGGUUGUGAGACUGCUCAAGUUAGGAGCAUCAGAGGAGGAUUAUUGUCUCAUCAGAUCUCAACAAUACUGUGACUACCUACAGAGCUGUCUAGGGGAGGGUGGGCUAGGUACAAAGGUCACAGAGUCAUUGCUAAAGAAUUGUCAUGAUGUCAGUGUGACCAACGAAAGACUGACAGAGCUUAAGUUCAGCAAUGAGGACAUUUCUGGCCUGGUGAGCAGAGGAGUGCUUCUGGUUAGGGACGUUGACACUGGACGGAGCUGGUGGUGUGGAGUGCCAGGGGUGAGCCCCUUUAUUAGGAGCUUAACAAGAGGACGAAGUAUGCUACAGCAAAUCAUUGGGAGGUCCAGAUUCAAAGAGAUGCUUCGUAGAGAUGUGUUGAGUAAAAGGAUGACUGUAUCUAAACUACCAAUAGAGUACCACAUCCACGAUCUGGUGGGAGGGGAUCUGCUGGAGAGAGUGGAGACCACCUCAGGAGAUCUACUCAGACUGACAGAUGCUACUCACUGAUCAUGACCCCACAAGCUAUAUCAACUGUAUCAGAACUUUUCAUUCUUCAUAAUUAUUUUGUGUUCAUUCAAUUUUUGAUUAAGUUGUUUGGCAGCGUUUUACAA